GUGCGGCUACAGACCCAGACCACAUACCAAGGCAUCAUCGACUGUAUGGUCAAGACUUACCGCCGUGAGUCGCUCCAGGGUUUCUUCAAGGGGAUGAGCUUCCCCAUAGCCAGCAUAGCUGUGGUCAACUCAGUCCUGUUCGGGGUCUACAGCAACACCCUGCUGGUGCUCACGGCCACCUCCCACCACGAGCGGCGGUUCCAGCCACCCAGCUAUACGCAAGUCUUCAUAGCCGGCUGCACCGGGGGGUUCCUGCAGGCCUACAUCUUGGCCCCUUUUGACCUCAUCAAAGUUCGACUACAGAACCAGACAGAGUCAAGGGCACAGCGGAAAAGCACCCCACCCCGGUACCGGGGGCCUGUGCACUGUGCGGCCUCCAUCUUCCAAGAGGAGGGGCCCCGAGGGCUGUUUCGGGGAGCCUGGGCUCUGACACUGAGGGACACCCCCACACUGGGAAUCUACUUUGUCACCUAUGAAUGGCUCUGUCGCCAACCCACACCAGAUGGCCAGAACCCCAGCUCAACCACAGUGCUGGUGGCAGGGGGCUUUGCAGGCAUCACCUCCUGGGUGGCAGCAACCCCUUUAGACGUGAUCAAGUCUCGGAUGCAGAUGGCCGGGCUGAAGCAGAGGGAGUACCAGGGGCUGCUGGACUGCAUGGUAAGCAGCGCCCGGCAGGAAGGACUGGGGGUCUUCUUCCGGGGGCUGACAAUCAACAGUGCCCGCGCCUUUCCUGUCAACGCCGUCACCUUCCUUAGCUACGAGUACCUCCUCCACUCGUGGGGAUGAGCCUGGCCAGGCACUGCCAGCAGCUCCCCAAAUGGGACUGACCACCGCCUACCUGCCCAG